UCUCAAUGGCCGACUAAAAGCGGAAGCAUCAAAUCAACUUUUGAUUUCUUAGUCAUUUUAUCAUGUAAUAGAUUAAAAAUACGACAGAAUGGGUGUCUGGCGUAAGGUUGAAAACAGCCCCAAAUAUGGAGUUGUUAUAUACCACUUCAAGAUGAAAGGGGGUAACAUUCUACCAUUGGUGGUUGGAGACACAGUUGUUAUAAGAGAAGAGUCAGAUGAUUGGUUUAUGGGAUAUGCCACAAAGAACAAGUCUAUGGUUGGAAUUUUCCCUAAAAACUAUGUUUAUCUGAAGGAAGCUACAAUAGUGCAGUCAGGGUCAAUAGAAACAAUUAUACCAAAGGAGCCUUCUAUAGCACAGGAAAUUACAUCUGUUGUUAGAGAAUGGUGUAUAUACUGGAAAAACCAAUAUGUGGAAGAUGAUCCAGAUUUUAACAAAGUACAGGACAUGAUCCAUGACUUACUGAUAUGGAGAAAAGAAAUCACAUCACGAAAAAUCACAGCAGAACAGCUCAAAGACCUCAAACAGAAAGUGUCUGCUAAAAUUGAUCUGGGCAAUGCAUUGCUUGGUUUAGAUCUGGUUGUACGAGAUGAAGAGGGAAAUAUUCUCAACCCUGAAGGUGCCAGUGUUGUGCGCAUCUACAGAGAACAUGUAGAUGUUGCUGACAGACUGAAACGGGAAAUGCAAGGAGAUAAGGAUGCCCCUGUAGAAAAUAAAGCUUCUGUAGGGGCUACAUACAACCUGUAUGUGAUGUUACACAACUUUGUCUGCCGAGUAGAUGACUGUGAAAUUCUCAUCAACCUGUAUGAUGCCAAAGAUAUGAAAUAUAUUUGUGAGAACUACAUAGUGAAAUGGGACAAGGAAAGACUUCAUAAAGAUCCAGAUUUCCUCAGCAGUAUCAGAGUUGUUUUUACAGAUUUAGAUGCCAAAGAUAGACAGAGAGAGAAAGUUUUCAUUGUCUUCCAAAUUGUUCGCUGUGGUGUGAUGGACUUUAAAGAUGUGGAUGAUAAAAAACAGACCCGUGGUUUACGCCGACCAUUUGGUGCUGCAGCAAUGGAUAUAACAGAGAAAUUACAGGGUACGGUAUCAAACACGUCAAUGACUGAUGAGCAAGAAGAGUUUAUACCAUUCCUACAAUGUGGUGACAAGGAGUUUAUGGACAGUUGUGUACGUAAGACUGUGACAGGUAAAGAAAUCAACCAUCGUGGACAGGGAUUGUUUGUCUCUCUCAAACUGCUGAAAGGUGACAUAAAACAGAUCAGAGAAGAUUUUCCACAUCUUGUACAGCCGAGUACUACAGUGGUUAGGAAAAUGGGCUUCCCUGAUGUCAUACUGCCAGGUGAUGUACGUAAUGAUAUCUACGUAACAAUCCUGGAGGGAGAGUUCAACCGAGGGUCAAAAACAGCAGAUAAGAAUGUAGAGGUCAGCAUGUUGGUGUGCAAUAAACAAGGAGAGGUUCUCAAAGGAGUGAUAAACCCAGGUUGUGGAAAUGAUGGUAGCUCAGAGUGUAAAACUCUUAUAUACUAUCAUGAAGACAAGCCAAAAUGGUUGGAAAUUGUCAAGGUAAAGUCUUUGUCAAAAGACAAGAAUGAGAAACCAUUUGCUAUGGCCUUUGUGAAGUUACUCAACAAGAAUGGUACAACACUGAAGGAUGAGGAGCAUGAUCUUCUCCUUUAUAAGAUUGAUUAUAAGAAGGAAGACAAGAUGCAUCAAGCUUACCUUGACCUUCCGUCAACCUUGAAGGAACUCGAAGCCAGCAAUAUCCCCGGUUCUGGACAUUUCGGACCUAGUGGUGCCGGGACCCAUUCACGUCUUCCAAAAAUACCUCUGUUUAAUGGACCAUAUUCUUUGAGUUACAAGGAUAGUUUUAAAAUUGCCACCUAUGUGUGUUCAACAAAGCUCACCCACAAUGUGGAUUUACUGGGUCUGUUGAGAUGGCAGGAAGUUAUGAGUGACCAAACGAUGCUCAAGAAACACCUUGAACAUUUGAUGCGUGUCGAUGGUGAGGAGAUAGUCAAGUUUUUACAAGAUUUGUUGGACUCUCUAUUCUACAUACUGAUGCAGAACACAGUCUCUGAUCUCUAUGAUAAUCUAGUCUUUGAUGCCUUGGUGUACAUCAUAGGUCUUGUGGCAGAUAGUAGAUACUACCAGUUCAGACCAAUUUUAGAUGCAUACAUAAACUCCUUCAGUAUAACAACAGCUUACAAUAAGUUGAUGUGUAUACUGAAGGAGUAUGUGGACAAUGCCAAUGAAGAUACUGACCAUGAACCUUCAUUCAGACAGGCCAUGAAAUCUCUGGAAUACAUUUUCAAAUUCAUCAUUCGUUCUCGGGAACUCUUUGCUAUGCUAAAUGAGAACCGAGGGAAGCAGCAGUUUGAAAUUAUGUUGAAGCAGCUGAUACAGUCUAUAGGUGGCAUGAUGCUGUAUACCUCAGACAGAACCGUCAGAGCUCAGGGAUAUGCCUUACGGAACAUGCCAGCUACAAUCUCUGACAUACUCAAGGUUUUCAAUGCUGUGGAACUUAGUCAGCUGUUUGUUGAAUUCUUGAACCAUGUGCCAAAGCAGCGUCUGAAGAUUCAGAAGAUAAAGUGUAUCGAGGAUCUCGUGCAGACCGAGUUGUUUGCAAAACGAGAGUGUCGGGAGGUGCUGCUUCCCAUGAUGCUUUGCCAUAUACGUGACAUGAUGGAGGCACAAGAUGAAAUGUCCGCAUGUAUAAAAGUGCUCAGCAGUAUAAUGGACCAUUUGUUUAAUCCAAGCAAACUGUUGUCACAUGACAAAGAUGUGAGCAUGAUCAUGGAGAUUAUUUUACGGACUGUGAUACAAACUACAAUUAAAACACAUGCUGUAAGUUAUGUUUUUGAACAUGGAAGAUUUGUCAUAAUACAGGGCGACUGUGUGGCGGUAUUGUUGAAUAUUUUACGGCAAAUGACGGAGGCCCACUAUGUGAGUUAUAUCAGCCGCUACACCCUCCUGACAGACCUUGAGGAUUUCCUCCUGGAAAUUAUGAUGCUGUUCCGAAACCUUAUCACAUCUAGCGUGUACCAACUUGACUGGAUGGAAAUGAUCAUGUUGCAAAACAGCAUCAUCCUGCGUGCCUUGCGAUGUUUUGCUCAUACAAUUUGUGAAAAGUUUUCAAAUCCAUUCCAGUAUCAGUUGUGGAACAACUUCUUUCAUUGUGCAAUAUCGUUCCUGACCCAGGAUCACCUACAGCUGGAGAAUUUCUCGGCAAGUAAACGAAACAAGAUAAUCUCCAAGUACAAAGAUAUGAGGCGAGAGAUGGGUUUUGAAAUAAGGUCAAUGUGGAAAGGUUUAGGUACAAACAAGAUAUCAUUUAUCCCAGAGAUGGUUGGUCCAUUGUUAGAGAUGACUCUUAUACCUGAAACAGAGCUGAGGAAAGCAACAAUUCCAAUUUUCUUUGACAUGAUGGUCUGUGAAUUUAACCAGCCCCAGCCUGCACAUAAAGGCAUCCGAGGAAACUUUAAAGAAGUUGAGAAUGAAAUGAUAAACCAGAUGGAUGUAUUGGUGGAGGGAGGACGAGGGGAUGAGCAGUACAUGCAACUCUUUAAAGACACGUUAUUGAACUUGUGCAAUGGCUCAGAUCUGAUCCGUAAGCAGGGCUUGGAGUUUGUUGAAAUGAUUACAAAGUUGCUGCAGCGGCUUCUGGAGUACCGACACAUUAUUCAAGAUGAGAUAAAAGAUCACCGCAUGAGUUGUAUUGUAAAUCUGUUGGAUUUCUACAAUGAGAUAGGAAGACAGGAGAUGUAUGUUAGAUACCUACACAAACUACACAAUAUGCACUUGGAUUGUGACAACUUUACCGAGGCAGCUCAUACGCUUAUUUUAUAUGCAAAGUUACUCAAUUGGUCAGAUGAUCGUUUAUCAACCAUUCUACAAUCAGAACGGUUUCCUGAGGCAACAACACACAGAGAACUCAAGGAAAUGUUGUAUCAUCAUAUCAUACAGUACUUUGAGAAAGGAAAGAUGUGGGAGAAGGGUAUAGAUCUGUGUAAAGAGAUUUCAGGCCUGUAUGAGAAUGAGUUGUUUGACUUUGAAAAACUCAGCUGGAUUCUGAGACGUCAAGCAGCUUUGUUUGAGAGUAUUAUGAAGGAAAUGAGGCCGGACCCAGAGUACUUCAGAGUCGGAUACUUCGGCAGGGGAUUCCCCUCUUUCUUACAGAACAAAGUGUUUAUAUACAGAGGGAAAGAGUACGAGAGAUUGCAGGAUUUCAAUGGUAGAAUGCAGACUUUGUUCCCGAACUCGGAGUUGAUGAAAACUUUGUCAGCCCCAUCAGACGACAUAAAAGAAUCUCCAAAACAAUAUCUACAGAUAAAUGCUGUAACCCCGGUGAUGGAAAUGCAUCAGAAAUUUCUCAAUAAACAAGUCAGUGAGAAAAUACUCAAGUAUUACCAGAUGAAUGAGGUUCAGUUGUUUACAUAUUCACGGAGAAUUGAUGAAGGAGGAAGCAAUAUUGCUAAUAUCUGGCAAGAGAAAACAAACAUGACAACAGCCUCUCCUCUACCUGGUAUACUGUGCUGGUUCCCAGUCACUCAAACCAUUGUGUAUAAAGUGAGUCCCAUUGAGACGGCAAUAGAAACUCUGGACUCUUCCAACAAGAAACUGAGCUCUGCAAUAGAACAUCAGCUUACCGAACCAAAAGCAAGGCUCGAUCAACUUGGUAUGUUGCUGAAGGGUAUAGUAGAUGCUGCAGUGAUGGGUGGAAUCUCCAAUUGGAAACAUUUCUACAAUGACGACUUUGCUGAAAAUGACAAAGAUAGAGACUUUGUAAAACAACUCAAGGAACACACUAAAACACAGGCUGUUUUGAUAAAGGAUGGUAUGUGGGUAUUUAAACGUAAAUGUCCAGAAGUACAGAAACCUUUCCAUGCCUAUCUGGAGGAGAAACAUCUAGAAUGGCUACAGAUGGUUGAAACAGAGUACAACAUCAAGGUAAAGGAGAAAGUGUCUGGCACAAGUACAUUGAAGCGAUUCCAGUCUUUGUCAGUGGUCAGUCUGGAUAGACUUAGUAGUAUGUACCCACCUAAUUCUCCACAGGGAGCUGCUUGGCCUCGCGCACCUGACACAGCUGUAGGAGGUAGUUUGACUAAUGUCAGUUCUUCACCUGCCAUUACGGUAUCACCAAGUCCCAACAAGGCACAAGGAACGCGCAUCCAGUCUGUGUGGGUCAAAGCAGAGAAGGGAGAUAAAUCUACACCAAUAAAAGGACUUCAGACCAAGGUCAACAAAAAAUUAACAAAUAAACGUGCAUCUCAGGUCAGCAAUGCAAGUAGUUCGGAUUCACCAGACUCAUCGAACAGAAACUCACUUGACAACCCAAUAGAACUGAAUGAGCAGGAAAAAACUAAUGGAGAGAUCACACCGAGACGUCCACCAAGGCCGGAGAGUGACAAGGAGCGUCGGAACAGUCAGCGACUGAGUGCCCAGUUCACCCACAUGGGUCACCUACCAGGUGCUGGCUCAGGCAUGAUAUCACUACCUAAUGCAACUGCUUCAUUUAUAUCCUAUACUUCCACAGAAAACUGUGACUCUGGAGAAGAUGAUGGGCCCCCACCACUACCAGAAAAACAUUCAGGAGACAACAGUAAAAUGAGCUUUGAUCCUCCACCCCUGCCGUCUCGUCAGUCUCUCACCCCAGCAAAAACUCCACGCAAGUCUAAGUCAUCUGUGAAGGCGUCUCACUCUGUGGAACUCGACUCUGCCCCUCUUGACUCUGCCCCACCCUUGUUACCAGAGAAACUCACUCCAAGCCGGUCUUUUGAUGGGGAAAGUUUGUGAUAUGUUGAGAUGAAAUUGUAAUAUUUAUACAUUGUAUUGCUAUGGGUUAACUUGAAAUGCUGGCAUUUCACUGAAAUAACACUGUCUAAAUAAAAUUAUAUAUGUUUUUGCCUUAUUUGAAAAAUACCAAUAAUGAAGAGACAUUCAUUGUUUCAGCUUAGUAUAUAAUAAUAGUCUCAUUCUUGGGCAAUAGUAUAUAUGUAGUGUUUAAUGUUUGAACAAACAAUGCACAAUUCUGUGUAAAGAAUAAAUUAUACAAUACAUUGUACUUCAUUUUUGUAUCGACAAAGUGCAUUUUGUAUCGACACUUUUAUUUCACAAAAGUAUAGACAUUUUUUCUGUUUAUAUAAUAGCUAUUGAUUAAUGUAUCAUUAUUCAAGUUUUAAUUGACAAAAACUGCACUAUUUAUAGGUUUUCUUGAAGGUUUUUUUUUUUUUUGCGCAGAGACAACACUCUUAUUUUGCAAUUUGAAAACUUGUGACCAGAUGUUAGUUGUUGAAUGAAAUUAAAAUAUGCUACAUAUGAAUUGUGUAUUACUUAGUGAAAUCAUGAUUAAAAUGGUAAGAUCAUUUGACCAAAUCAUGACCAGUUCUUCAUUGUUGAACAUGACAUUUUACAAAGGAAGAAAAUUCAUUGACUACAGAAUAUACCUCUGUGACUACUGCGAAAAUCAUUUAAUAUCAUGCACAUGGAAUUUCUUGGUUUUAGCCAAAGUGGCUGUUUUGCAGGGAUAUUUAUUUGUGGAUUUUGACUCUAACGUAAGCUGAACAGAAUUAGGAUUUAAUUUUGUGUAUUAACUCAGCCGUGAACUCCAUGUAAAUUAGCAAAUGAUUUUACAUUUUUUUUUUUUAGAUGUAUUCACAUACUUUUCUACAUUACUAUUUGACUGUGUAUGUGACAUGUUUAUUCACUGUGAAGACAUUAAAAAUGUGAAGCAUGUAAUGAACUGGAAUUUUCAGAUUUAUAUAGGUUUCAAUUGUCACUAGCAUAUAUGCAAAAAGUUCUAUGUUUCAAAUAUCUGCACAUAUUAUUGACUAAGAAAAUCUCCAUUAAAAAUUGAAAGAAAACAUACUGGACUGCAUCUUCUAUUCAGCUUUAUAUCGCUUUACCAUAAGAUAUUUUUCAAGUGUGUUGGCUCAGACUUUGUCUUAUUUAUUCUUAUUCAUAUAAAAUUCUUAUACAGUGGAACUUUGUUCAUUCAAACUUGAUGGUACAGUUAAAAUUUGUUCAAGUUAUCAUCAAUUUGAGCCGUUUAACAAUAUACAUUUUAUAGAGAUCUUUCCGGGACAUGUUGAUGUGUUUGAGCGAAGGCUGGUGUUCAAAUUAUCCAAGUUUGAGCGAAGGCUGGUGUUCGAGCGAAGGCUGGUGUUCGAAUUAUCCAAGUUUGAGCAAAGGCUGGUGUUCAAAUUAUCCAAGUUUGAGCAAAGGCUGGUGUUCAAAUUAUCCAAGUUUGAGCAAAGGCUGGUGUUCGAACGAAGGCUGGUGUUCAAAUUAUCCAAGUUUGAGCAAAGGCUGAUGUUCGAGCGAAGGCUGGUGUUCAAAUUAUCCGAGUUUGAGCGAAGGCUGGUGUUCGAGCGAAGGCUGGUGUUCAAAUUAUCCGAGUUUGAGUGAACAAAGUCAGACUGUAUAUCUUCUUGACCAACUUUCACAUUCCAAUUCCUGGUAUUUUUGCUCCAGCUUUGCUUUUCAACUUUUGCACAUGGGUAUUUUUGGGAACAAAAAUGUUAAUCUUUUCAUUCACAACUUUGUCAUUUAGUUUCUUCAGGAAUGAUCAUUUUGUAGGUUUACCUCUGUGUUAUUAGAUAUAUGUUUGUAUAAAUAAAAUGAAUACUAGGAAGUAUAAAGCAUUCAUUCUGUAGGUAUUUUUUAACAAUUUUGUAGAUUAAAUGAUCAAACUAUUUCAAAUAAUCUUUUUUUUUUUUUUGUACAGCAUUUGUUUUUUGUUUAUGUUAAUGAUGUGUAUAUGUGAUAUACAGUCCUACCUUUGCUACAGACCACCCGUGACUGGAGACAUCACUUGAGCCGUGCCAUGAGAAAACCAACAUAGUGGGUUUGCGACCAGCAUGGAUCCAGACCAGCCUGCACAUCCACGCAGUCUGGUCAGGCUCCAUGCCGUUCGCUUUUAAAGCCUAUUGGAAUUGGAGAAACUGUUAGCGAACAGCAUGGAUCCUGACCAGACUGCGCGGAUGCGCAGGCUGGUCUGGAUCCAUGCUGGUCGCAAAGCCACUAUGUUGGUUUUCUCAUGGCACGGCUCACUUGUUUACUCUAAACAACUCCAGCUGUGUAUAAAAACCCCACAUUUCCCAAGCAUGGUCUGUAUAUGCAGGUUCGACUGUGUAAAAAGGAUAUGUUUUCACAUAUGACUUACAAUAUCUAGUCAUUGCGUAUGUAUAAAGUACACCAUUUUGUAUAUAUUUGUCAUCAAAUUGUGCCAACCAUAUUGUUGAUGUUACCAUGGUUUCAUCGUAGGAUUAGUUUGCAUGAAAGCAAAUAGUUCUUUCUUAUUUUAAUAGAUCUGUGAAUUACUUAAGGUAAUUUUAUAUCUGAAAUAUUAAGCUGUUGUUAACACAAAGAUUAAAAGAGAAUGAGGGCAUUGUCAUACAACAUGUUCCCAGUAUCAUGACAGUUAUUAGAAUUUAGUAAUAAGUUAGAAUAUUGGUUAAUAUUGGUUCAUGUUGUAACAUAGAGAACAAAGUAUGUAGAAUCAUAGGAGUCUGUUUCAUGCUGCAUAAAUAAUGGCAUUUAACCCUGACCCUGCUAAAUUUCUGUAAUGAACUUGUCCAACUUCCAAUUUGGACAGUACCAUUAACUGUUAAAAGGGGUGCUUAUCAAAAAGAUACUGGUUAACUAACGACCAGUGCAGAUCAUGAUCAGACUGCACAGAUGUGCAGGCAUGAUCUACACUGGUCGAAAAGGCAAAGCAUGGUAAGGGUUAAUAAACUAUUGUCAGUAGAACUAUACUAUUGCAUAAAAAACAUCAUUCAGAAUUCAUUCUCUACCCGGACAUCGUGUUGUUAAUACUGUGAAAUCAUUGAAUUUUGUUUGCAUGAAAUUUUAGAAGUUGUGCUGAAACAGCAAAUUGAAUGGGAAUUUGAACUUUUAAAUAUGAAAUUAUUGCAAAUUUUACUUGUUUGUUAAGAUUUAGUCAUGGAUUGACUCAACCGUAAUAUCUGCAAAAAGUAGUCACCAACAUAAUUAUAUUACUGAUUUCACAGUAACAUAAUCUUUUGAUGGAACAAUGUGAGGAAGCCAUGUAGCUGGCUUAUGGAGUGUCCGUGGUUCUACUCAGGUGCCCGCCCAUGAUGAAAUAAUGCACAGAAAGGCACCUUGGGUCUUCAUCCAUCAUCAAAGCUAGAAAGUCAUUAUGACCAAUUAUUGUGUUGGUGCAAUGUUAAACCCAAAAGAAGAAUAUUUGAUGGAACAUGAUCUAAAAAACAUGGCAUAUGGGUAUUUUACCUCAUAGACAAAGUCCUUGUUGUCUUUUUAAACUGUCUUGAAUAAUAAAGUGUGUUAAAACAGUAACAUUCAUGUUGUUUGAAAGCAGGGUUUGUUUAGCUGCCAUUUGUGUAUUUAUAUUAUUGUUUUUUUUUUUGUUAAGCUUGCCAUUUUUAUUCUGUUCAUAGAUUGUUUUAAGUAAAAAUGUCAUGGGAGGUAACUGUGUUUCAAAAAAGACUGUUCUCUCCCUUGGUAGAGCAAUUUUUAUUUUGUUAAAGAGUGCAUCAAAUGCAUUGAUAAAGUUUUUCCCAUGAAAAUGUUCAUUCAGAAACUUUUCAUUAAAGCUCUUACAAAGACACACCUGCUGGUAAACGUUUUUAUUUUUGUUAUCGUUCAGCUUAUAGUUAAAGCUUGUUGGGUUUUUUUUUUUCUCAAAAAAUCUUGAUCAUAUGACAAAGUUUUCUGGUGUUUUUUUUUAUAUUAUUAAGGUAAAAAAUGACUACUUAUUUGUGAUAUUCAGGAAAAAGUUUUAGACAGAACUUCCUUUAGUGGCUGGUAAAUCAGUUAUUUUUAUAGUUGGAUUGUGAAAAGAUUUGUUUAACAUGUAGUUUGUUACUUUGAAAUAUUGUGAUAACAAAACUGACCAGAUAUCAUUUAUAGAUUGGUCAGACUAGGUAUAGGUUAGUGUUUAUUAGUAAGCAUUUAUCAAAUUAAAUCGACUAAUUUAAUUUGAUAAAUGCUUACUAAUAAACACUAACCUGUUUAGUGUUUGAAAUUAUUUUUUUGUUUACAAAUUUAAGCUCCGCCUACAGUAUGGCGUGACUUUCUGGGUUAAUAAACGACUGGAAGUAAAUGUUGAUUUACCAAAAUAAAUUUCCCGAUAGUUUGAAAAAUACUACAAUGCCAUUGGACAAAAAAUAAUUUCAAACACUAACCUUGGUUCCAGUCUGUAGGGGCUAUAUAUUGUAUUAUCAACAUUAGUCUGUAUAAUCAGAAAGUAAGUGGCUAAAUAACUUAUAUAGGGGUAGCAAUAAUAAAAACAAAAUGUCAGAAGUAAAGUAAAAAGUAUCUUCACAAGCAUGCUAGGUUUCUGCCAUAUUUCAUGUGUAUUAUUUAUGUUUUUAUUUUUGUCAUGUCUGCAGAAUGUAAAGUUGUGUUGUUAAUCUGUUUUAUCUCUCAUAGAAUGGGGUGAUUGGCUCUGUGCUAACAUAUGUGUGUACAUGUAUGUAUAAAUGAUGAAUUGACACCUAAUGUUGUUCAUAUAAACAUUUAAACCACGUUUUUCAUAUUUUUGUAAGAAAAGCUAAAUAAAAUAAUUGGCAUUUAUGUGAUAAAGAAUAAUUUUGUAUCUUUUGUACACCAAUUUUACUUAUGCAUAUGCAAUGUUAAGGAAAGGAGGGUAGCUUGACAGUUUAAAACUUUAUUAUUUUAUUUUCAUUAAAUGGCUUUUUAGGUAUGAUAGCAAAAUAUUGUGCUAGAUAUUACAUUUCUGUUGGUGGUUGUUGGUCAUUUUGAAGUUUUAAUUACAGUAUUCAAUAGAUUUUAGAUCUUUCAGAAGUCAUGCUUGCGUAAUUUGAUAUUAGACAUCCACAAUUAUUGUGCUAGACUGUUUUAUAGUUCGAAGAUGUCAGAAAUUCAGACGUCAGGCAAAUAGUUUUUACUGUUGACCAGCAAGCGAUUAAGGAAGCAUCUAGUAGAAACCCUCGGCUGUCAUGAAACAGAUGUUACUAAUUAAAGUGGCAUUAUGCGCAUCUUACUGCACAUACUGUGUUUUUGGAGAAUGUUUUCUAAAAGCUAUUUUCGGUUACUGUACAUUUAAACGUGUUAAAUUAACGGUAAUGCCGCAUAAGUAAUUGAAGUUGAUGCUUUAGAAAUAAGGUUAUCGGACAAAUGAAAUUAUAGUUCUUUUCUGCAAUCUUCUACGCAGUGAUUUCCCUUACCUAAAGGUAGAGAUUUCUAUAGUUGAAGGGAAGCAACUACUGCGUGCAGUUUGACUUUUCAAAAAAAGACUGCCCCAGUCAAAAUAAGAAAAGUCAUAUUUGGAAAGUUAUUAUUUCGUACUGGUAACAGGACGAGUUUGGUUUAUUGGGUUAAAAGCUAUAAUUGUCUCCACCCUUUUUACACACACAUCUAUUUCAGCUGAUUUUUUACUUGAAAACAUGCUCAUAUUUCCACUUUAAUGGUGCUUCUUCACACAUUCCCUAAUUUUCUACUCACUUUUACAUGUAUAUAUAUAUUGAUAACCUAUUAUUGCUCACAUUGUGUACUGAAGCUUGUUUUAAUGCUGAACUGUUACAUACUGCUUAACCUUUAGCCUGCUAAAUUUAUAAAAUGGACUGGUUCAUCAUUCAGUUUUGGCAGUACCAUUUAUUAUUAGAAGGGGUUUUCACUGAAAAUAUACUGACUGAAAUGGGAAAAGUCCAGACCAUAAUCAGCCUGCACAUCUUGCUGCCAGCAGGCUUAUGGUUAAACAGAAAAGGUUAUUUUCAUCUGCUACACAUUUGCUGAUCUGGGAGCUGCUGUUUGAAUGAGAACCUCGUAAAGUGUAAUGCUUGUUCUUGCUGCAAGGAAAUAAAUUCAUACCCUAGUUAAUUACUAGCUUAACAUCUUUAAGUUAUUUUAUUAAAGAUGUAACAAAAGAUCAUGUAGCACAUGCACUUCUUCUGUUGCCAAACACAAGUUGCUACAUUCAUGAAAUAGUAGCUAUUUUUUUGUGUGUGUACAAGUUUUUGUUUGUAAUCUGAUGCAAAACCAUUAUUGUAUAUCCUAUAUUUAAAUAUGUUUAAAAAUUGUUUUAGAAGUUAUAUGAUAUGUCAUAUUUGUACCUGAAGCUAUAUUCUUACAUUUUGAUAAAAAUAAAUGCUACACCAGUAUA